CCUGCCUUUUUAUCUUUCUACGAUUGAACUAUUUUAAAUGCGUCAAAAAUAGGCAAGCCGGUGCGAGUUCGUUGGAGUAAUUGUUCUUCCUUGGAUAAAUUUCAAGUGGUGAAGGCUUUUAGCUUCAUUCCUUUCGUGUUAUUGAAGUCAAUUUUAGGUGUAGUGACAAGUCAUAUUGGCAUUGAUUAUAUAUGGACGUGGGGAAGUAUAGUAUUGAUUUCUGAGUUGUCAGAUAGGCCUUUACCGGGGAGAAGAAGAGAUGAAUAGUUUAGAUCGUGUUGUCUAAAGUUGGUUCUUGAGUGUCUUAAAUUUCUUAGAUGCUUUCCCUGAUAGUUUUCCUCAUAGGAAUUGGGACAGUACGUAGGAGCAAAUCUUUUGGUUAUCCAAUCUGCCAAGAGUCUCCACAGUGACUUUUGAUGUGUCCAAUUUGAAGCAUUGAAGUACAACAUGAGUGGAACGAAUGAGGAAUGUCCAUCCCGGAACAACAGAACAAAGAAGCCCGAGAGCCAUAGAGGUCACUGCAAUAAAGAUGUCAUGCCAGGGAGUCAGCUAUGGACAGAUGGACUCAUUUGUGCUUUUGAAUUCAUCCGAGGGCAUAAAAAAUCAGUUGCGCCAAAAUCUUCCUCAAAUACUCGGUCGUUUCAUCAAGUUGAUGAUGUUAAUGUAAAGAACGAAUUGCACUCUGAUGGAGGAACUGACCCGAUUUCUCAAAGACUAAAUGGGAACACUCUUCUAGAAUCUGCACCCCUUAUCGAAUUGGGGAGUCACCAAGCUGGCUGUUUAUACAUGGAUAGCCAAAACUCUUUAGACAAUUUUCAUCCAGUAGAAAGAUGUGAAGGAAGUCGUUGGAUUCCAAUCGGUUGGGCUAGAAUUUCAGAACUUGUGCAGACAGUGCAAGUUGAUGCAGGAUGGUCAACCCAACACUUCGAAUUUAUUGAUGAUGAGGAUGACCUCACUGUUGCUGACUUAGCUGCCCCAUACUGGGAACGGCCAGCUGGGCCUACAUGGUGGUGCCAUCUUUCUGCAGAUCAUCCUACCGUCGAGACAUGGCUCAAUGCUACCCAGUGGCUGCAUCCUGCCAUUAGAACUGCUUUGAGAGAUGAAAGCAAAUUGAUAAGUGAUCGGAUGAAGCACCUCUUAUAUGAGGUCCCAGUUCGUGUUGCUGGAGGUUUAUUGUUUGAGCUUCUGGGGCAGUCUGUUGGCGAUCCUUAUGUUGAAGAAGAUGACAUCCCUGUUGUUCUUCGUUCAUGGCAAGCGCAGAACUAUCUUUUAACUGUUCUACAUGUUAAAGGAUCUGCGUCAAGAAUCAAUGUUUUAGGCAUUACAGAAGUACAGGAACUUCUUCUUGGUGGUGGUUACAAUACCCCAAGAACAAUACAUGAAAUUAUAGCACAUCUAGCUAGCCGAAUGGCACGGUGGGAUGACAGGUUAUUUCGUAAAUCCAUUUUUGGGGCAGCGGAUGAAGUGGAACUGAAGUUUGUGAACAGGAGAAACCAUGAAGAUUUGAAUCUUCUUGGCGUAAUACUCAACCAAGAAAUAAGAAGAUUAUCAAGACAGGUUAUUAGAGUGAAAUGGUCUCUUCAUGCAAGGGAAGAGAUAGUUUUUGAACUUCUCCAGCAUCUGAGGGGGAAUGUAACAAAAAACCUACUGGAAGGAAUAAGAAAGAGUACCAGGGAAAUGAUCGAAGAGCAGGAAGCAGUUCGUGGUCGCAUAUUCACCAUCCAGGAUGUCAUGCAGAGCACAAUUCGUGCAUGGUUGCAGGAUAGAAGCCUUACAGUCACCCAUAAUUUAGCUGUCUUUGGAGGAUGCGGCCUCGUGCUUUCCAUCAUCACUGGGUUGUUUGGAAUCAAUGUGGAUGGGAUCCCUGGGGCAGAAAACACACCAUAUGCAUUCGGCCUAUUUGCUGGACUUCUCUUCUUCUUAGGUAUAGUGCUAAUUGCAGUUGGGUUGAUAUAUCUUGGGCUGAAAAAGCCCGUCAAUGAAGAGCAGGUUGAAGUGAGGAAGUUGGAACUGGAUGAGUUGGUCAAGAUGUUCCAGCACGAAGCAGAAACUCAUGCCCAGGUUCAUAAGCCUGUCUCUCGGCAUAAUUUGCCCCCAACAGCUGGUGAUAGGUUCUCGGAAGAUGCCGACUAUGUCCUUAUCCAUUAAGAUGUGAAGUGACCAUGCAACAGCUCUUCCUCUCAUGGAAGCUUCACCUUUUGAUUUCGGUCCAUAUGCAAUUCUUGAGGUGAGCGAGGCAAUGUAAAAAGGAAAUCUAUUUUUAUGCAUAAGGUCCUGGCAUUAAUGCAGGGCGUAAUGUAUAGAGUAAUAUCCCUGGACAAGAUCUUCUGAGAAUAAGAACUUCCUGUUGAAGUAGAGAUGAGUUUCUUCUAGUUGUUAGCAUUGAGCCCCACACAGAGAGUUGGUUGCCACAAGCAUCACGGCCCUCUCUAUUCAGCCAUAUAAUUUGGCUUUGCUAGUGAAACCUAGCCGUCCAUCAGCACUUAUACUUAUGCUAUUAAUUAAUGCAAGUCAAGGGGCUGCAAUUUUUGGAGCAUUGGUUGGAGGAGAUAAGAAGCUCGUGUGAGAAAGUGGUUUUUGCUCGACGGAAAAGAGCCAGGUAAGGACAUCAGGCAAUUCAACACAGGACCUCACCAAGAAUUCAGAAUCUCAAUAGUCUGACUCCAUACUCAAUAAUGUCUUCCCAAGUGUCUCGUCAAGAGAAGCGUAAAUCCCAAAAUCAAGAACAGAAUAAACUACAUUUCCAAAUUGUUGGAACUAAUGAAUGUCAAAUCUGUUACAGCAUAGAUCAGCCUCAACAACCAAAGCUUAUUGA